CCUGUGUGACUGUGGAUUUGGUUCGUCCUCAGCGGUGUUAGCGCGGUGCACAACGGUGUGGCUUGGCGAGUAGACCGAUCUGGGGUUGUUGAAUGCGACGACGAGCACGACUUUGCUUGGCCUGCACCAGACUGAGGAUGCGCAGCGCUCGCACUGCUUCCCGGAGGCUCCUUCAUCCCUGCGGUCCCCGUUUAUACCUGCUGCGCUCCCGGCUGUGCAGCUUCCCUUGCACGACGUAGGCGUUUUAAUAAGCUGACCGAGAAGGCGACUUGCUUGCCUUCGUGCUUCUACCAACCCUACGGCUCUCCGGAACUCAACGCCUCUUUGCUUUGUACAAUUGAUCAUCCUUGGACGACCGUAACGACUCCUCACGAUGCCGUACGUCCCGGAGGAUGUGGACCAUACGUUCUAUCACACCGCGCGGUCCGUGCAGGACUCGUUGGCCCCGAGUGCGGAGCAGCGAGUAACGCUCAUUGUGGCUGGGUGUUAUAUCAUUGCCAUUGGGAUCUUGUGGCAUGUCCCGUAUCUGUCGGCUAUAAUUUAUCCGUUCAAGUUGCUCACUGUCGGAUUCCAUGAGAUGAGCCAUGCCUUCAUGGGUGUCCUGACAUGUGCACACAUACACUCUAUCGAACUUGACCCGAGAGAAGGCGGCGAGACCCGCAUGUCCGGAGGCAUACCCUGGCUCACCCUACCCGCCGGAUACCUCGGGUCGGGAUUCAUCGGUGCGGCGCUGAUCGUAUGUGGCUUUGACACGAACGCGAGCAAGGUCGCGUCGCUGGUACUGGCGGCGUUCUUCGUGUUCACGCUGUGGUGGGCACGAAGGGACUGGCUGACAUGGGUGCUGAUCAUCGGCAUGGCUGGUCUGAUCGUCCUGUUCUGGUUCGUCGGUGGCGGCGUCGCCCUGCGAUUCUUCAUUCUCUUCAUCGGCGUCAUGUCCUGUCUAUACGUGCUAUGGGACAUCAUCGACGACACGAUCGACCGCAAAGUGAACAGCUCCGACGCAUCCGCGUUCGCCGAGAUCUGCGGGUGCUGCCCAUCCCAAGUGUGGGGCGUCAUCUGGCUGAUCAUCGCCUUCUGCUUCUUCGCCGCGGGCAUCCUCAUCGGGCUCGUCGCCUUCAAGCAAUCCGCAGCGCAGCAGGCCUCCGACUCGGAGCACUUCUUGCCGGUGCCCGGAUCCUCCGCACGGCUGAGCUUCUCGACCUCCCCCGCGACGCUGCUUGGGACCGUGCUCUCGGCGUCGUUGUUGAUGUAUGCCAUGUAAGGCCACGUACAGCGCGCGGUGCGGGUGCGAUGUGUUGCAAUGCUUUCUUGACUGUACUGCCGAUUGCGGGACCCUCCGAACUUUCGUAUUUUCGUUGACGAUAAUGUAUCAGAGCAUACCAUCUUGUGUCAUAACUUACCUACUCUCAAAUCACAAUGUGCUGUUUGGGCUGCUACUGUGCCAUGUUGCACUAGCAUCAGAUCA